GUUCCAGCAGGGUCGCAGAUCAACCUGUCGCAGUUGCCUGCGGACGGGAGCGGCUUUGACGCGGUGGGGAUUGUCGACGGAGACCUCCUCGACCUCAGCGGCUUGGAGGUGGAAGAUGUCGAGAGGAACAGGUGGCUGGAGCUCAGAGGUAACAUGGCAAAUGAGCUCGAGAAGGCCAUCGUGGCGAUCAUCGGAUCAAGCGAGGAGAACAUCCAGAAGCUCCGUGCCGAGGCCAGAGCGAUUCGACAGCGCCUUGCUGGCAAGGGUGCCCGCAGGGAUGACGCGGCGUCCGUGUCCAGCGGGGAUGGGACACAGCGGCAGUCAGCGGCAGCAUCAACCGGCGCCGUGGAGACGCAGGCCGCGGAUGCGGCAGCCAGCGCGAAGCUGGCUGGGG